AAAAUAAAAAAUAAAAAAAAGGAAAACCAAGAGAGAGGAUCACUUCUCCAUCAGUCUCAACUGUAAAAGAGGCAUCUUCCUGAGUUCGCUCUAACCAUUCUUGUAAAGCGGCGCUGGUCAACCACUCAGGAUACUCUCUGUCUCUCUCCCCACCUUCACCAACACAACACCCCCAACACCACAACCCAAAGUGAAUUAGCAAAAUGGCUUUGACAUACUAUCUUUCUCAAACCCUUCAUUGCAAGCCAUUCAAUCUAUCGAUAAUAAGGUCAUCUUCAAAAAUUGAUGAGACAAAACCAAAUAUAUCUCAAAUUCAAGCCACCAAGAAGAAGCGUUGCUUGAGGUGUGAGUCCCUUUACCUUGACAAAGAUAACUCCCCAACUGUUUGCUAUUUCCAUGGCGACACCACAGGGGAAAAGGGAUUAUUUUCUUUGGCUCCACCACACCAAGGGAUUGAUGGAGAAUGGUCUGAUCGUUCUGGGGUGAUUGUCUAUAAAUGGAACGAGAAGAGCAAUAGACCAAAUACUGGAAGUGCAAAUUGGAAGAAAAGAUGGAGCUGCUGUGCUGAGUAUGAUGAAAAUGCACCACCUUGUCGACGGGGAUGGCAUGUUUCCUACGAUGAUGGCUUCACUUUUUAUUAGCCAAAUACUCACUUUUUAUUAGCCAAAUACUGGCCUUGAGACUGCAGUUGGAUUGCAUAAGAGGUAUAAUGUAAAAUACUUCUUGUAUGGGUAAAACUUGUGGGCAUGCUUCUUGUUUUCAUGGUAGCCAUUCUGUAGCACUUAGGUGAAGUGGAAAUGCAUUCAUAGAAUUUGCUUGGACGAAACUUUGAUGCUUAGGUGAUCACUCAAAAGGGUUUAGUCUGGAAUCUUUUAUAGUUUGAUUGUGUUGUUGAAGAGCAGGUCCAUUAGGCAUGGAUGCAAUAAUGUACACAUUUAUAUUACAAUGAACCACUAAUUAUAUUUCCCUUCUUGUUCUUUUUGAGAUCA